GGUCUCACCCCCAUAGCAUUUGCGCUUUGUGACGUCAAACCACUGCGACGGUGUGUCGGCUUCAAACAUGGCUUCCAGAUUGGAAAUUAACUUCAUAAGAUUAUUGUCUCGCUGUGAGUCAAUAGCGUCCGAAAAACGGGGGGAGGCUGAAUGGAGGUUAGAAAAGUAUGUUGGUGCCUUAGAAGAGAUGCUGGUGGCUUUGAGGAAAAGCCCAAGCAAGCCAACACUAGAGGUCCUGACUGAAUACACAAGAAAAGUAGAUUUCCUUAAAGGACUUCUAGAGGCUGAGAAACUGUCUUCAACAACAGAGAAAGCUUUAGCGAACCAGUUCCUCGCCCCUGGCCGAACACCCACAAUAGCCAACGAGAGGAUGCCCGCCACUAAAACUGUCCACAUGCAGACAAAGGCCCGAUGUACAGGAGAGAUGAGGGAUGAGCUGCUCGGCACGGGGCUGUCAGACAAAGACUCAUCAGACCUGAGAAACCGAAGGUCUCUUCCUCUGGAUGAGCGUCAGUCUGCUGCAGAGCUGGACGCGGUCCUGCAGCAUCACCACAACCUGCAGGAGAAGCUGGCAGAUGACAUGCUCAACCUGGCCAGAAACCUAAAGAACAACAGUCUGGCAGCGCAGAACAUCAUCAAACAGGACAACCAGACUCUGAGCCAGUCCAUGCGUCAGGCAGACAUGAACUUUGAGAAGCUGAAGACGGAGUCGGAGCGUCUGGAGCAGCACACCAAGAAGUCUGUGAACUGGCUGCUGUGGCUGAUGCUCAUCCUGGUCUCCUUCACCUUCAUCAGCAUGAUCCUCUUCAUCAGAAUCUUCCCCAGACUCAGAUGAUGACCGUGUGCGACCCCUGAACUCUUAGUCCUACAUCCUCCCUCGUUUACAGGAGCAGUAACUACAUAGCCCUCAGUAGAUCCGUACAUACACGUCCAGUGUGUGCGGUCUGAACCAAAACAACAGCUGAGACAUUUGCACUUUGGAAAUUCUGACUCUAAACAGGUUGACGAAAGUUUAAAGCUUCCAUAUUCCUUUUUUGUAAACGGAGCAGAACAUGAAUCGAAGUAUAGAGCUUCUUGGAGUAGUAACAAAGUCUUAAUGUGCAGACGACAGAGACUGAGCCUUAAUUAUUUUAAUUCCUCAUCAGGUAGGCUGCUAGCCAUCCAACGCAUGUAUGCACUUUGUCACUAGGUGGGGCUAAAGUCACUCAUGUUGCGUGUCUUUCCACUGUGUGUGUGCAUCAAAGAGUAUUCAUGGUCUGUGUACCAUCAACUGUGUCUCAGUCUAAAAAAAACAUACAGCUAUUUGGUAACCCUUAAUGUUAACUGUCUGGUUUAGUAUUUAGCUUCAUGUGAUCGUUCAAUAAAUAGUUUAUAAUGCACUUAAAUGGAGCUGUAACAGAUUUUUAAAGUUUUACUGUCGGGUAAUAAAUUCCAGCCUUCAUUUCCAGGUGUUGACAUCGACAUAAACACGUCCAUCUGCUGAAAGCUGCAUAUAUAUUCUAUGCACACACUACCUUUGUGUUAGGUCUUAGCAGUUGUUUCACAUGAAUUUGUCUUCCUAUUACCGGUUGAAACAUGCCUUACCAGGAAGUUUGUCUGCAUAUAUUUCCAGUGUCCUCCGUCCUGUUUGUCAUUAAGGAGUCAUGAAUGUUUUUGGUGACUGAUCGGGGAUGAUGUGUUGUUGUGGUUAGUGGUGACUACUGAGGAUGCAAGUGUUGAUGAAGUGAGAUCAUUAAAUGUCUGUAGCUACGUGUCCAUUCCUGUAUGAGCACUCGUGCUUCCACCCAAAGCCGUGUGUGAAAAGGGGAGAAUUAAAACGAUUCAGUUUCCUUUCAUUGUCUGGUAACUGUGAAUACA